CUCUUAGCAAAUGUACUUGGUGUGAGUGACGUCACGUCUGGAGGCUGGCUGCUCGCGCUGCUCCCUCUGUUCACCUCCAACAGAGACAUUUUCCUGGAGUUCUCCGGACAGAGUCCGAUCCCCGCAGCAGCUCGGAGGCCCUCCACGGUGGAGCAAGACAGAACACGGAGCUACAUUCACUUCUACAGCCGAGGAACGAUUGGAGUUACACUCCCAUUCUUUACAUUAUUAUUAUUAUUAUUAUUAUUUCAAACGUUCAAAGCGUUAUUCACUGGGUAACGUUAGCUUAUUUAGUGGGCACCAGGAAUAUGCUCAGAAAUACAACCGUUGUCGUUACUCGUAAGAAGUGAAAGGAGUGUUUCAAGGAGCCGAACGUAACCUGGACCUCUUUCACCCCCCAAAACUUUUGUUUAACUUCCUAAGCGGUGUGGAUAUGGCUUGGAUUAAAUGGGGCCUCUUAUUUUCGUUCGGUUUGCUUAUCUCUCCGGUAUGUGUGUCAGCGGAGCAGCAGCAGAGCCAGAGCGGCUUCAGGAGACUGUACGUGCUGCAGCCGGGGCCGGUGACGGGGCCCGGGCCGGGGGCGGCCGGAGCCAACGGCGGGGUGCGAGUCAGCUCCAUCUCGACGCGUCACGGCGCGGCAGGGCAGCCGCACACGUACAACGUGGAGCUCUCCGCCAACUUCGGCGGUCAGGUCCGGACUCGCAGGAUGGGGAACCAAGCGGCUUCAGCCUCGCACUUGAGUCAGCAGCAGAGCCAGCAGCAGCUCCUGAAGCUGUCUGGGGUGAAUGUCUGCGGAGGCCAAUGCUGUCAUGGAUGGACUAAAGCUCAGGGAUCACAGCGGUGCACACAGCCCAACUGCAUCCCUCAAUGCCAGAACGGAGGAAUGUGCCUCAGGCCUCAGCUCUGUGUCUGCAAGCCUGGCUCAAAGGGGAAGGCAUGCGAGCAGAAGACGAUGCCCACACAUCCCUUCCCAGCACUGCCUGGGAAUGGGCACACCACUGCUAACUCAAAUGGACACACUAAUGGACACAAUGUGGUGCCCCAGCGGCCCAUACCUCAGCAAGUUUCUCCCAAUGGUUAUGCCUCUGCCCCCGCUCCAUCUAACAACAUGGCCCAGAUGAAACUAAGUGUCAGGCCGGCCCCCCAGUUUGUACGACCACCUUACAUCCAACAACACAUCCAACAACAGAUCCGGCCCAUGCACCCAAGUCAGAGCCAGCAGUAUGUUAUGAAGCCCAAAUACUACCACACACACACCACGCACACACAGACGCAUGUCCAGUCCCAACCUGAGAGGCCCAUCCCCCUAACAGUGGCACACAACCCCAUCCAUGUGGGCAACCAUACAGGACGGAUCAAGGUGGUGUUCACACCAACCAUCUGCAAGGUAACCUGCAUGGGGGGCAGAUGUCACAACAACUGUGAGCUGGGAAACACCACCACCAUCAUCAGUGAGAACGGCCGCGCUACUGACACCCUGACAGCCCCCAACUUCAGAGUAGUGGUGUGUCACCUGCCGUGUAUGAAUGGCGGGAAGUGCAGCACCAGGGACAAGUGUCAGUGCCCCCCCGAUUUUACUGGAAAGUUCUGCCAGAUGGCUGUUCAGAAUGGACAACAGCAGCCGUCAGGCGGCUACAGCCAGACUCAGGUCCACUCCACACACACCCUGCCCCUGACCUACAGCAAUGGCCACAACCCUGUGUUCAGCCCCAGCAUCGUCAACAUCCACAUUAAGCAUCCCCCCGAAGCCUCGGUCCAGGUCCACCAGGUGUCUCAGCUGGAUAACUACCACAACAUCGGGCAGCAGCUCAAAGCUUCCCAGGCAGGCUCCUCCUCCUCCACCAGCUACACCUACCAGCACUCAGAGAGCAGCCAGAAGAUCCAGCAGCACGGCUACAACAUGCUUUAUCCCAGCCCGCAUGGCUACCAGCCAAUCAGCUCCAAGAACACCCUGGGCCGCUGCUUCCAGGAGACAGCAGGGAGUCAGUGUGGGAAGGCUCUGCCAGGUCUCAUUAAGCAGGAGCAGUGCUGUGGGACCAUCGGGACGUCCUGGGGUUUCCACAAAUGCCAGAAGUGUCCAAAGAAACAAUCUAUUCCUCUGAUAGAUUGUCCUCAGGGUUACAAGAGAAUCAACAGCUCUCAUUGCCAAGAUUUCGAUGAGUGCCAGCUGCAGGGGGCGUGUCCUAAUGGGAACUGUCUGAACACUGUGGGCAGCUACAGGUGCAUGUGUAAACUCGGUUUUGUUCCUGACCCCACACUCACCACUUGCAUACCCAACACGCCUGCCAUCCAAGAGGAGAAGGGGGCUUGCUUCCGUUUGGUCAGCUCAGGGAGGCAGUGUUUGCACCCAGUGUCUACCCAACUGAGCAAACAGCUCUGCUGCUGCAGUGUUGGCAAAGCCUGGGGCCCUCGUUGUGACAAAUGCCCUCCUCAAGGAACAGCAAAGUUCAAAGACAUCUGUCCUGGUGGAAUGGGCUACACUGUUCUACCAAAUCCGCCUGUCAAUAAGCCAGUCACCGUUCACCAGGCACCCAUUGAGCCUCUACCCCUCCAACCCCUGCCAACACCAGAGAGACCAGUGGAGGCUUUUGGGAAACCAGAAGAGAUUAUACCAGUAGCAACAGCUGCACCAGAUGAGGAGCUGGUAGUUCCUGUGGUUAGUGAUAGGCCAGUAGUUGAACCUAUCCUGCCCCAGCUAUCUCCGGGUGUAUCUACUGUCAAGAUCGAGGCAGCCUACCCAGAGGUUGUUGAGAGGAGCUCUCCACCUGAACCAGUGGAGAUCCUGCCAUCUAACGCAGGCCAGGACAUCGCCCCCACCCAGUCAGCUGAGGUGGAUGAGUGCCAGAUCAACCCUUAUAUUUGUGGCCAGGGGAUUUGUUACAACACAGCAGAGGGUUACACCUGCCACUGUGAUGAAGGAUACCACCUGGAUGACGCCCAAUCCACCUGUGAAGAUGUAGAUGAGUGUUCGGAAAGCCCAUCUUUGUGCUUUGGCGGUCGCUGCAAGAACACAGAAGGCAGUUUUCUGUGUGUGUGUGCGCAGGGAUUCCUCGUGGAUGAAGAAGGAACCACUUGUGUUGAUGUGGAUGAGUGCCAGGAUGAGCGGAUCUGUACCCGGGGCCACUGCCAGAACACUGACGGCUCAUUUCUGUGUCAGUGUGGGCCCGGCUUCAUCCUGUCUCUGGCUGGAGACCACUGUGAUGAUGUGGAUGAGUGUGUAGAGGAGCCCGGGCCCUGUGAGGCCGUGGGCCAGUGUGUCAACAACAUGGGCUCAUACAGCUGCAGCUGCCCCCGGGGGUACCGGCAGAUCAAUGGCACCCGCUGCACAGGUACACGCACACAUGCACACACAGAGUUACAUACACACACCCUUCCUCUUGUGACACUUCUGCCUUUGUUUGUGUGUUGUUCAGAUAUUGAUGAGUGUGGGCUCAAUGAGACGCUGUGUGGCCCUUAUGGCUACUGUGAGAACAGACUGGGCUCCUUCCGAUGCCUCUGUGACCAGGGCUACCACGAGUCCCUGGAUGGCCAAGGCUGUGUGGAUGUGAACGAGUGUGAGCUGCUGAGCAGUGUGUGUGGAGAGGCCCAGUGUGUGAACGCUGAUGGUUCCUUCCUCUGCGUAUGUCCCAGCGGCCAGGACUAUAACGUCAUGAUCGCCAAGUGUGAGGCCGUUCCCACAGUGUCAUCAGUGGAGCAUAAGGAGUGCUACUACCGUCUGAACGACAAAAACCUGUGUGAGAGUGUGCUGACCAGCCAUGUCACCCUGCAGGAGUGCUGCUGCACUCUGGGAGCCGGCUGGGGGGACAACUGUGAGGUGUACCCCUGUCCUGUCAAUGGCACAGACCAGUUUGAUCAGAUGUGUCCGUCUGGAAGAGGAUUUAUUCCCAAUGGAGACUUCCUAUACGGAGUGGCCACAGCUGACAGCUACAAGGAUGCAGAUGAGUGUACUCUGUUUGGCCAGGAGGUGUGUAAAGGAGGCUUCUGUCUAGACACUGUGGGCAGCUACGAGUGUUACUGUAAGACUGGACAGGACUACGACGCUGCCAAUCUGCAGUGCACAGACAUGGAUGAGUGUGUGGAUGAGUCUCUGUGUGCUGGUGGACAGUGUCUGAACACAGAUGGCUCGUACAUGUGUUUUUGUACCCAUCCCAUGGUGCUGGAGCCCAGCAGUAACCGCUGUGUCUUUAUUCCUGAGGCAGCUGAGCAACAUGAGGCGGAGCAGACGGACUACCAAGGGAUCUGCUGGCAGACGGUGACACAGAGCAUGACGUGCAUGCGGCCACUGGGUUCCGACAGGAAGACCACGUACACAGAGUGCUGCUGUCUGCACGGCGAGGCCUGGGGCAUGGACUGUGCCCUGUGCCCCUUCAGGAACACUGAGGAUUAUGCGUCCAUGUGUAACCUUGGCGGGCGGCGGGCAUACGGUCAUGACGCCCUUGUUGCCGGCCCUGUCCAUGAAUAUGAAGUGAGCCCAGACUAUUCACCAUUACCUGAUCCUGUCCUGCCUUUUUACGACGAGGAGCCUCCAUUCAAGGCCUUUGAGGGUUUGCGAGCAGAUGAGUGUGGGAUACUGAAUGGCUGUGAGAACGGUCGGUGUGUCCGGGUUCAGGAGGGUUACACCUGCGACUGCUUUGAUGGAUACACCCUGGACCUGUCCCGCAUGGCCUGCAUUGAUGUGAACGAGUGUUCAGAGCUAAACAACCGGAUGUCGUUGUGUAAAAAUGCUAAGUGCAUCAACACAGUGGGCUCCUAUCAGUGUGUGUGUCUGCCAGGCUUCGCUGCAUCUGACAAACCCAACUACUGUGUGGCCCCAGCAACACACCAAACAGCAACACACACAGGGAGCAUGGACGGACACUAGGGGGCGACAAGAGACACUAUAACCACACGCACAAGCUUGUAUCACUAUACUUGUGAGGACGUCCACUGACAUUCAGCCACUGCAAAAUCCUCAACACUAACCUUAAAGCUCCCUGGUUUGGUUUAAGUGUCGAGCAGCACUCCCAAUCCAAAAACACCUCUUAGUCAGAAGACACCUGGAGGAAAGGUAGAGAUGUGGGGGUCAAAUAACACAAUCAGGGAGUAUACCAGUUAAAUAUCUUUUUAUCAUUUUUGUCCAACAUCUAAAUCAAACCAAAAGAACAUACGCCUUAAACCUUGCCUUUGAAUGAAACUAAGCCCUGUUCUGAUUUGAAUCAUUUAAAAACUAAUACAAAUCCACAUCUGCCAUUUACCAGUGUCAUGUAUUUUUACUCACUUCAUGCAUUCCCCCUCUGUUCUAUCUACAAUCUAUUAUCUACAAUCAUUGUGUUACUUUGGGUUCAUUUUAGUAGUUUUCCAAUGUGGACAUUUUAAAAAUAAAACAUUUGUAAUAUUAUAAAGUACUCCCAAUUUGAAAGCCUAAUUUUGUAGAAAGCAUAACAGUAUCUUUUUAAUGAAUUCUCACAGACUUCACUGUCAACAUUGCAACAUGCUCUGGUUUCUUUGGUUAAAGGAAUAGUUUGUCAUUUUGGGAUAUGCUUAGUUGUGUUCUUUCUAGGAGUAAGAUGUAAAAUGCCAUGUCAAAUAUAUGCAACAAGGCUGAAUGGCAGAUCUCUUAAUACAGCCAUGUUUAGCAAAACGUUAGGUACAUGCCAUGGACAGCUUUUUUCAUUCCAACAGGAAGUUUUAAGGCAUUAUGUAUAACAUUCAGACACUCGGGGGUACAUGUAAUGAGCCAGGCAGUAAAUAGGGAGUGAUUUUGGACAUAGCCAAUGAGACUACAACCACAUGCAGGUAUAAUAAUUGGGAUGUUGACUAUCUUAGUUUAUAGUGUUUGCAUGCUAGCAUUUGCUAAUUAGCACAAUACAUUUAAUACCAGCUGACUGCCAUUAGUUCUGGAGGUAUUAAGUCAUAAACCAAAGUAUAUCAUUUUGACCUGAUUAUGGCACUGGAUGAAAAAUCAAAGCAUCACAUUUAUUACAAUUCAUCCUCUGGAAAACACAGAUGUCUAAAACAAAUAUUGCUGCAAUCCAUCAAAAAGUUGUUUAAUAAAAAUCACAAAUCUGGGGACCAUGAAUGUUGCAGCGUGCAUCGACAUCUAUCCACCAGCUGAGACAUGUCCGGAGUCAUCACCAGCUGACAUUAGCCCCACUGCUAGGGUGGACCCCCCCCCCCUAUAACUAACAUCAACCAUCAAUUCCCUACAUGUAUGAUGUAUUGUCAGAAUAAAUAAUAAUCAGUGUUUUUUUUAACAUAGCUCAACAUUUGAUGAAAUCCCUGAUGAGUAAUUUAUAGUAAUGUUUAAUUAUGGUGUAUGCAUUUCAAAUUAUAAUUUUAAUUGUUAGCAUUAAAACAAUGGUAAAUGCUUAAUUGAACUCGUGUUCACUAGUGUGUCUUCAAGGGCUUCAUCACUAUUUAAAAUCACUUAGUAAACACUUGGUCCGUAAAGUAUGGAAAUACAACAAGCACACACACACACACACACACACACACACACAGUACUUAAUCAAAGCCCAUAUAUUCUGCACUGUAUCAGAAAUCUAACUCUACAUGAAACAAACAGUAAUUUACUUGAGAUGAAGAUUCAACUUAAUCUACUAUGUGCGGCCUAUGUGUGGGAUAGAAGCAGAAUUGUAUAAAAUGUGUUUUGUCUGUUGCUUUUCCAAGUCUGUUCCUUAUUUGUUUUGAAGUGGCGUUGUAUGUGUGUUAUAAGAGGUCGUUUUGCUCAUUUAACGUAUCGACAAACCCUAUGGACUUGUGCUGGGGGAUCCAAUUGUUAUUUUCUACCCAGUCUAACUGAUUGUGGAUAUUUAAUUCUGUGAAGAGGCCAACUGUCUGCUCCCUCUCUUCCUCCGUUGCCAUCCCUCUGUCUGCCAUAAAGAAAAGCUUGUUUCAACACUAAAGCAUCACCUAAUCAUGUAUUAUCCACACUUUUGUGGGAUUUUGUCUUUGUGUUGUAAGAAUGGUAAAAUGCGGUCAUAAAAUUACUUAUUUUCUGGGACAUAGGACAAUUCCAGGAUUCAUGUGUCUUACCAAGAGACUUUUUGUUUCCUGGUAUUCCUUCCCUUCUUCCUUCUUUAGACACAUAUGUUGAGAAGACUGAAAUGUGUUUUAUUUUUCAUACUUCACUUAUCUGUGUUUUACAGCAAAGUCUUGCAAAGUUGUAAAGCUGCUAUGGGACAGCGAUGGGAGAGAAGAAACUUUACAUUGUACAUUUAAACCGAGUGGAGAAAACAACUAAUGUAUUUGUAAUUUGUACAUGAAUAAAUAACUUUUUCUAUGAAUUCAUAUUACAGUGUACAUUAAACCCAUUGGUAAUAAACCACAAAUUGUGAUAUCUGUG